AACGGAAGGCGCCCGCACCCUGCUCCCCACGACUGCGAACGCGAGAAAGAGGAACCAAACGGUCCUUCCGCGUUCGCUUCUCGCCUCCCUUCGAGCGCGCUCCGAGUACCGUCCGAGGCGGGCCGGGGGCUCCCCCUCCUCGCCUUCCGGGCGCAGGGCAAGGGGCCGGGGACUCCUUUCCCCUCGCCCUGCCCUCCCCGGGAAUCGGGGGAGGGGCUGGAGGCGCCGCCCGCUUCCUCCUUCCAAGUUGGGCAGCCGCUGCCGCCGUCGGUGUCCGGUUACAGGAGGGCCGCCGCCGCCGCGUCCCGUUAGCGAGGAAGGAAGGGGAAGCGGGCUGCCGCGGCGACUGGCGAGGGCUCCCUGCAACUCCUGCGCGGACCAGGCAGCCUCUUUCCGGCCGGUCUAGAAGCAAAACAGUCUGAAGAAGGGGAAGCAGAGAGAAGGAAGCCCUCAAGCUCUGCCCGUCCAAAAGGCAGCCACAGAGACCCAAGAUGGCAGAAGCCCACCAGGCGGUGGCCUUCCAAUUCACAGUCACCCCGGAUGGGGUGGAUUUCCAGCUGAGCCGGGAGGCGCUCAAGCAGGUCUACCUCUCGGGCCUCUCGUCCUGGAAGAAGCGGUUCAUCCGGCUCAAGAACAGCUUCCUGACCGGGGUGUAUCCGGGCACGCCCUCCGGCUGGCUGGCCGUCACCAUUGUGACCGUGGGCUUCACGUGGGUGCGCGUGGAUGUCUCCAAGGGGCUGAUCGGCAGCAUCUGGGGGCACCUGCCCAUCAGCUGCAGCUGCUACCUCAGCCUCCGCCAGCAGACCCUGCUGAGUGCCCUGCUCUUCUCCACGGGCAUCUGGCUCUCGGGCAUCUGGCUGUGCCGCCAGGUGCUCAAGCUGCUGCUCUCCUACCAUGGCUGGAUGUUCGAGCCCCACGGCAAGAUCAGCUUCAGCACCAAAGUCUGGGUGGCCAUGGUGAAACUGAUGUCAGGGCGCCACCCCAUGCUCUACAGCUUUCAGACCUCCCUGCCCAAGCUGCCGGUGCCCCGUGUGAAGGACACCAUUCGGAGGUAUCUAGACUCUGUCUGGCCCUUGCUGGACAAGGAGAAGUACGACCAGAUGGAAGCCCUGGCCUUGGACUUCCAGAAGAAGGUGGCCCCUCGGCUCCAGAAGUACCUCAUCCUCAAGUCCUGGUGGGCCACCAACUAUGUGAGCGACUGGUGGGAGGAAUAUGUCUACCUCCGGGGAAGAGACCCCAUCAUGGUGAACAGCAACUACUACCUCAUGGACUUUCUCUACAUCACCCCAACAUCUAUCCAGGCCGCACGGGCUGGCAACUCCGUGCACGCCAUCCUGACAUACCGGCGCCAGCUGGACCGGGAGGAGCUUGCGCCCGUGAUGGCGCUGGGGGUGGUGCCCAUGUGCUCCUAUCAGAUGGAAAGGAUGUUCAACACGACGCGCAUCCCUGGCAAAGAGGCAGAUUCCCUCCUGCACCUGACCGACAGCAAGCACCUGGUGGUCUUCCACCGAGGGCGCUUCUACAGGGUCUGGCUGUACCACGCGGGGAAGUUGCUGCCACCGCGUGACCUCGAAAUGCAGUUCCAGCGCAUCCUGGAUGACCCCUCCCCACCGCAGCCUGGGGAGCUGAGGCUGGCGGCCCUCACAGCAGGGAGCAGGGUGCCAUGGGCUGAGGCCCGUGCCAGGUACUUCAGCCAGGGCAAGAACAAGGCCUCGCUGGGGUGCAUCGACCGAGCUGCCUUUUUCCUGACCCUCGACGAAGAGGCGCAAGGCUAUGACCAAGGGCGGGAGGAGAGUCUGGACGACUAUGCCAAGAGCCUCCUGCACGGGCGCUGCUACGACCGGUGGUUUGACAAGUCCUUCACGCUGGUGGUUUAUCCGAAUGGCAAGCUGGGUGGCAACGCAGAGCACUCAUGGGCUGACGCUCCCAUCAUGGGGCACCUCUGGGAGUCCAUGCUGGCAACAGACCAGUUCCAGCUGGGUUAUUGUGACGGCGGGCACUGCCAUGGGGUGCCCAACACCGACCUGUCCCCGCCGCAGCGUUUGGUGUGGGACAUUCCAGAAGAGUGCAUCUGGGCCAUCGACGCUUCCUACGGCGAGGCCCGAGCCCUUGCGGACGACGUGGACUUCUCUUGCUUCCGAUUUGCCAGUUUUGGCAAAGGGCUCAUCAAGAAGUGCCGGACCAGCCCCGACAGCUUCAUCCAGAUCGCUUUGCAGCUGGCGCACUUCCGGGACAAGGGCCACUUCUGCCUCACCUAUGAGGCCUCCAUGACGCGACUGUUCCGGGAGGGCCGGACAGAGACCGUGCGCUCCUGCACCCGCGAGGUGACAGCCUUUGUGCGCAGCAUGGUUGACCCCAACUGCAGCCCCUCAGAGCGCCUGCAGCUGUUCCAGGCAGCUGCAGAGAAGCACCAGCAGAUGUACCGCCUGGCCAUGACAGGGGCGGGCAUCGACCGGCAUCUCUUCUGCCUGUACGUGGUAUCCCGCUACCUUGGCGUGAAGUCUCCCUUUCUGGACAAGGUGCUGUCCGAGCCCUGGCGCCUCUCCACCAGCCAGACGCCACAGCAGCAGAUCAAGAUGUUCAGCGUGGAGGCCUACCCGGAUUACGUCUCCUCCGGCGGAGGCUUUGGGCCCGUGGCUGAUGAUGGCUAUGGGGUCUCCUACAUCAUUGCUGGCGAGAACCUGAUCACGUUUCACAUUUCCAGCAAGUUCUCCAGCCCUGAAACGGACUCUGCGCGCUUUGAGAGGAACAUCCGGCAGGCCAUGGUGGAUAUAGCCGCGCUGCUCCAAGUGCAGCCCCGAAGAACGGCCCGCUGAGCCGGGUGGUCUUGCAGAGAGCCACGAGGAAGCAGCAGCCAGCCCAACAGGCCACCCGCCGUGG